UGUGGAACGGAGGGAGCUGAUUGGUGGAGGCCGGGAGCCCAGGUGACCUGGGGGCUCAGAUGGCCCUUGACCUCUCACAACACUGACUAACGCCGAGUAAGACACACACACGUCCUGCAUAUCUGCUUAUCUUUGACACGAGCGUUUCUCGGUGAUCUUUAACAAUGUGGGAACCAAAAGAAUGCUGUUGCUUAAAGAUCAAGACGGGAAGUCUCCUCCUUGGCGGCUUUCUCUUGAUCACGUCUGUUAUCUUUAUUGUGAUGGAUGCCACCAUGUUGGCUGAUGGCAGCGUACUACAAAUUGUUCCAAACCACUGUGCUGACAGCGAGGAUCCUGCAGACUGUUAUGAUUUCUACUUUAAAUGGGCGAGGGGGACUGUGGCCUUUGGUUUGGCGAUUGGCGUAAUUCAAGCCCUAGUCAGCAGUCUUCUCCUCUAUGGUAUUUUAAUGGAAAAGACGAGGUUGUUUAUUCCAUUCAUGCUUGUGCUGUUGACACAGAUCUUUAUCCACAUAAUCUUCGCUUUGGAUUUACUGUACAUGGCCGGUACACUCCAAUACUGGACGGAAAUGAUAACCUAUGGGGUAAUCUUUACCCUAGUCAUAUUCUUGGAAGUCUUCUUUCUUCUGGUCGUCAGAGCACACUACUUACAAGUAAGGCGAUCAAAGAUGAUAAUGUUUGGUGAUGCAGAAGUACGCAAGUGACUCUACUAUCGGUAAUGAAAUCUGCAGCCUGUUUAAAAAUGUCUAAACGGCAAAUGUACUAUGGAUAUUAACUCCCAUAUACAGGUAGACUUUGAGAUGAGGGAAAAAAUACCAUCUGAAGUGUACUGUUGGCUGGUGUAACUGAUACUAGUGUAUAUGGAAGAUUUUUAGUAGUUUAAGCUUUUUUUUUUUUUUUUUUUUCCCCAAACUCCUUAUAAAAGAAACUAGUAACGUGGGAACUAACGUAAAAUCAUAUAACGCAGUAUAAAUUUUCUGCUUAAUGUAUUAAUUUUUUAAAUGUUGGACACUUUCAUAUUCCACAUUCAUCUGAGCCUAUUUUAACUGUACUUGCUAAAGGUGUUGUAUUUUAGUCACCCAAGAUUUUGACGUGGUUUGUAAACUUAAGUUAUGUAAUUUUUUUUUUUACGUCUCGCCGAAUCUAAUAGACUGAUACAAGAGUAGAUGGCUGUAGUCGUUGGGACCGCUCUACAUACUUACUGCGGUUACAGUAUGUAGCUGUCGCCCAUUUAGUUUUAAGCUUUACGUGUUUUGUAUGAUAUCGGGCUUGGUAGUUCCUAGUUUGUUCAUUGUAUAAAUGAGUUUAAAUAAUUGAUAAUGGACUAGUUAGUACCAUUAGCUAACUAGAAAUUUUACUGACAAAUAAAAUCUUGGUAUGCAUCA